UGUCACAAACCUUGCUGUAGUUUAUUAGGGUUGGGGGGAAUUUUCAAGUCCAAAGUUUCUUUUCCUGAAGCUGAAUUAACAUAAAAUUCUAGAAGAUUCCUGUGUUUAGUGUGACAGUCAAUAUCUUGGUCCACUUACCGAAGUCCCACAACCCGUUGCAGGUACCUGAAAACAUGCAGACUUCAAAACGAACCAAACCAACCAAGAAAGCCACACGUAAAAUGAAGACAUCUUUGGAUAAACGCAUGCAGCAGAUGGAAGACUUGGUAGAAAAGACUCUACGACAAAUGGAAAACCUAAUGCAAGAAGUGGACGCCAUCUAUCAAGACUUGGCCCCAGCGCCACAAGUCAACUCCAAAGCCCAGUUACCAGCUGCCAGACCUCCUGCAUGCACCAGCAUACCAAUCAACAUCAGCAUCAUUAACGACAGAAACACCGCCUGCUCCAGUGACUUCUAUCCGGUGUACACGCUUGCAGAUGUUUUUGCUAUAGCAUUGAUGUUGUUCAGCAUGAUAGCGGGCCUGGUUAUGAUGUUACAAGCGCUUAAUAACUUGUAAAUAUCAUAUUUGGUUCAGAUAGCACUCACAUUGUAAACAUUAUAACAAAACAAGGAUUAUCUCCACCCCCACCCCCCACCCCAACGUGUAGUGUACCAUAAAGGUCAGGAUUUUCACAACCUACACGGUUUAAAUAAGAUGAACACUACCGGAUUAGCACUGAUAAUCCUGAAUGCCGUAAGUUACACCAGUGAGCCUUAUGACGCCACUGCAACUAAAUUUUAAUAUAAACACAUAAACAACCUUUCUGGUGUUUUAACAGGGGUAUACAAAAAGAAUUUUUCUUGUGUUUAAAACUAAGGCAUCCUCUACACGUAACUAGCUGUCCAGAAAGAUAAGUUAAUUGUAAUCUGCUGAAAACUAGAUUGCUGUACUCUAGUGAAAUAAUUUGUAAAAACCAAUUUCUAGUUAGGUAAUUAUCGAAAGUUUUGGGGAGUGAUGCUGAAGUAGUAAUACAUCUUUUAACAAAAAUGUCUUUGGGGUUCAGAAACGAAUUACUAAAGGAAAAACUGUGUCUCCCAAACAAGUUCAUUAAAUAAAAACUAUUUCUCCCAAACAAAUUCUCUAAGUAAAAACUGUUUCUCCCAAACAAGUUAACUAAAUAAAAACUGUUUCUCCCAAACAAGUUCACUAAUUAAAAACUGUUUCUCCCAAAGUUGACUAAGUAAAAACUGUUACUCCCAAAGUUCACUAAGUAAAACUGUUUCUCAAAAAGUUCACUAAGUAAAAACUGUUUCUCCCAAACAAGUUCACUAAGAAAAAACUGUUUCUCCCAAACAAGUUCACUAAGAAAAAACCUUUUCUCCCAAACAAGUUUACUAAAUAAAAACUGUUUCUCCCUAUGACUAACUGUUGAUUCAGCAAUAAAAAGUAAA